AUGCGUCUGCUCAACACUACCACCAAGAGGUUCCACUGGUUCGAAGACCCGCGCUCGGUGUCCUAUGCGAUCCUCUCCCACGUCUGGGCGAAGCCCGGAGACGGAUCUCCCCCUGAACAGAUGUUCUGCAGUGUCGCCGCCGCGGACGGGUACCACUUCGUCUGGCUGGACUUUGGGUGCAUCGACCAGUCAAGCAGCGCGGAGCUCUCCGAGGCCAUCAACUCGAUGUACGAGUGGUACCGCCACGCCGCCGUCUGCUACGCGUACCUCGCGGACGUGGGGUGCCCAGGCGCUGUCAAUCAUGGGGCGCACCCGUCGAUCCCGCCCACGCAGUUCUGCGACAGCGUCUACUUCAGGCGCGGCUGGACGCUGCAGGAGCUCAUCGCGCCGAGCGUCGUCAUCUUCCUCUCCGCGAAGUGGACCGUGAUCGGGACGAAGCACAACCUCGCCGCGGUCAUCGAGCGCGCGACGCGCAUCGACGCGGCUAUCCUGACGCACCGUCGCGCACUGGACACCGUCAGCGUCGCACGGCGCAUGUCCUGGGCCGCGCGCAGGGAGACGACGAAGCCGGAGGACGAGGCGUAUUGCCUGCUGGGUAUCUUCGGGGUCCACAUGCAACCUAUGUACGGCGAGGGCGAGUACGCGUUCGUGCGGCUCCAGGAGGAGAUCUGCAAGAAUAUCCCGG